CUUAACAUGUUGCCAGUGUUGUGAUACCGGUCACAGGUGAGCAUUUUUCAAGUGAAACUUUCAAGUUUUGAUGUGAAAUCGAUUGAACUUUACUUCGACGAGAUCGAUAUUUGUUGAUGAGCAUCAUCUCCGACGUCUAAGCAACGGGUGGCAGUAACAUUAGAGAAUGACGUCAUCGGUGCGCAAAUAGUGUUUGUGAGUGCGAGUGGGUGCGGGGCGAUGUGGCGGGCGCGCGCGUAGCCUCGCGCGGCAUGGAGGAGGACGAGAGGAGGCUCUCGUUCCCGCCGCCGGCGCCGCUCAACUCGCCGGGCGAGGAGAUCGACGGCUCGCGGCUGCUGGGCGAGAUCGUGCGCACGCUAGAGGCCACUAAUCCAGAGGCGGCCGCGCCGCUCGUGGCCUCGCAGUCAAGAGAUGCGCUGCACGUGGAGAGUGAGAAGCCGCGCCGGGAGGAGCUGCGGAUCCCGCUGGAGGGCGUCACGUUCGCGAGCGAAACCGUCGCGGGCGGCGGAGACCGCGAUGGGCCCCGCGCCGCAGUCACGCCAUUCACGCGCGAGUCGGCGCGACGUGCUGGCUCGCGCGGGGCGCAGUUGGUGCGCGAGUUCGGGUUCAUGCCGCGCCGCCGCCUCAGCGUGGAGGACGGCGCGCGCCUGCCGCGCAAGUACGAGCCCUUCCCUCCCAAGCUCUACGGAAGACCGCUCGAAGAAAUCGACAACUUUAUUUACGAUGAGAAACUGUAG